AUGGCGGCGGCGGGGCUCCGGUUCCUGAAGGCCGUGGCACUGGUGCUGGCGCCGGUGGCGCUGGCCGCCGCGCUGUACAGCCCCCGGGGCUUCUCGCCUGCGCCGAUGCCGCCGGAGUACUCGUACGGGCCCGUGGUGACCGCGCCGGUGCACCAGGACUUCGCCUACGACGCCGCCGACGGGUGGCUGUACACGGGGUGCGCCGACGGGUGGGUCAGCGUGCCAGCCGGGGACGUCGUCGAGGACUGGGCACGCACCGGCAGGCGCCCGCUCGGCGUCGCGCUCGCCGCAGACGGCGGGCUCGUCGUGGCCGACGCCGCCCCUGGACUUCCUGCCGAGUUCCUGGCGACGUCGCCGACCGGGGCCACCGGCACGCACGCACUGAGUCACCCACGCACAAUGCCGUAA